UCCUUCUCUGGUCGUUUUCAGUUCUCGAAGGUAGCGUUAGGGCUUCGGUAGAUUUCUUCCGUUCCUGUUCUGCCGUUGCCUUCCACAUGGCCGCCACCGCCGCCGUUCCUCGGGCUUCUUCUUCGAAAACAGAGAGCUAUGUGGACACGAAGCGGCGCGACGAUGUCCGGCAGGCUAACAUCAUCGCCGCCCGCGCGGUCGCCGACGCAGUGCGCACUAGCCUGGGCCCCAAAGGAAUGGACAAGAUGAUCGCAUCCGCCAACGGCGAGGUAAUCAUCACCAACGACGGCGCCACCAUCCUCAACAAGAUGGAGGUAAUUCAGCCUGCCGCCAAGAUGCUCGUCGAUCUAUCCCGUUCCCAGGACGCCGCAGCCGGUGACGGCACGACGACCGUGGUCGUACUGGCGGGAUCCCUUCUCAAGAGCUCCCUUUCUCUCCUCUCCGCCGGCGUCCACCCCACUGCGGUCUCCGAUGCCCUUCAUCGCUUGUCCAUUCGUGCUGUCGACGUCCUCCAUGGUAUGGCCAUUCCACUUGAUCUCUCCAAUCGUGACGCCCUUGUAAAGUCUGCCGCCACCUCCCUCAACAGCAAGGUCGUCAGUCAGUAUUCCUCCCUUCUGGCCCCCUUGGCAGUUGACGCUGUCCUCUCCGUCGUCGACCCUGCACAACCGGACAUUGUUGAUCUCCGCGAUGUGAAGAUAGUGAAAAAGCUGGGAGGCACUGUCGAUGACACUGAGCUGGUUAAAGGCCUCGUCUUUGAUAAGAAGGUCAGCCAUUCAGCUGGCGGCCCAACUCGGGUUGAGAAUGCUAAGAUCGCCGUCAUACAGUUUCAAAUUUCACCGCCAAAGACCGACAUUGAGCAGAGCAUCGUGGUCUCCGACUACACCCAGAUGGACCGGAUCCUACGAGAAGAACGGAAUUAUAUUCUAGGGAUGGUCAAGAAGAUCAAGGCAACAGGUUGCAAUGUGCUUCUUAUUCAAAAAAGCAUUCUGAGAGAUGCUGUGACUGAUCUCUCACUGCACUACCUGGCCAAGGUGAAAAUUCUGGUGGUAAAGGAUGUUGAAAGAGAUGAGAUUGAAUUUAUCACAAAAACUUUGAACUGCCUGCCAAUUGCCAAUAUUGAGCACUUCCGAGAGGACAAGCUAGGGUUCGCAAAUUGCGUGGAGGAAGCCUCGGUCGGGGAUGGGAAGAUUGUGAAGAUCACAGGGAUCAAAGAUAUGGGAAGGACAACAACUGUUCUUGUUCGGGGAUCAAACCAGCUGGUUCUCGACGAAGCAGAGCGCAGUCUCCAUGAUGCACUUUGUGUUGUCAGAUGCUUGGUAAAUAAGAAGUUUCUAAUUGCUGGUGGGGGUGCACCGGAGAUCGAAAUGUCCAGGCAGCUUGGAGCGUGGGCUAAAGAGCUUCAAGGCAUGGACAGCUACUGCAUCAAGGAGUUUGCAGAAGCUCUUGAGGUCAUUCCCUACACUUUGGCGGAGAACGCCGGUCUAAACUCGAUAGUCAUUGUCACAGAGCUCAGGAACCGGCAUGCCCAGGGCGAGAUCAAUGCUGGGAUCAAUGUGAGGAAGGGGCAAAUCACAAACAUCCUGGAGGAGAAUAUCGUGCAACCGCUAUUGGUUAGCACCAGCACAAUCACAUUGGCAGCCGAGUGUGUGAGAAUGAUUUUGAAGAUAGAUGACAUUGUCACUGUGAGGUAAAGCUCUGGAGGAGGGAAAUAUGCUUUUUUUGUUUCGAGUUUGGAACUGGUACUAGUUUUCUUCUUGGGGUUUAAGUUGUGGCUUGAUGAUCUUUUACUAUUUUGAGACACUCAUGGUUUUUGUCUUGCAAGUUAUUGGUUGACUGUUAGCAUGAUUAAAUUGUUGUGCUUUUUUCAUGUUUGAUAUUAA